CCGAUCCCAUCCCGUUCCUAUCCCGCUCCCAUCCCGUCCCGAUGUAGCCCCUCUGCCCGCGUGGCUGAGGCAGCUAUGGGAGUUACACCUCUGCUAGCCAGACCUUCCCCCAUGCUUGGCAAUCUGUCUGCUGCAGGGAUGCCCAGGCUGCGUUUGCGGAGGCACCAGCCCGUCAGAUGAAGCUCAGGAGCUCUGAGGAGCAGCAACAGCACCUGUUGGUUCCUGGGAGGCUCUGGGACGUUUGAAAGUGAUUUGGAGAGAGCAAAGUCUGUGUCCGAUGGACACCGAGCCGCAGCCGGCGUGCGUGGUGCCCCAGGUUCCCUGCCCAGCCAUGAAGUGCUCUCCUUCAGAGGACUUUUCUCCCCAGGUGAGGCUGGCUGAUAAGAUCCCCCCGGUGAAGCCUUGCUUCAAGAAGAAGCAGCAAGUGCAGAAGAGACUGGACACACAAACUCUGCGGGCUCUGCGGCCCAUCUUCACCAGCCUGCUGGGAGCUGGGGCCUUGGACAGGGUCUUUGUGCCCCGAGGCCAGCGUGGGGGCCAUGGUGAUUUAUGUGAACCUGCUGUGAAAAAGACUCUGGACCUCGGUACCUCUUGCCCUCAGACAGAAAAUAAUGUGACUGUGCUGAUGCCAGCAGCUCCAGAUGUGCAGGGUCAGCUGCCAGGAGCUCGUCCUUCCCCUGGGCAUCCUGAGCAGGACGUGCAGUCAGGAGAGCAAGGCUUCUCCCCAGAAACUCCUGGAACUGCUGCUGAUAAUGGUAAUGAAUCAUUCCAGGAUCAUCCUUUGCACCCAAGUGCUGCUGAUGGUGCAGCUUGUCCUUUGUUCCCUGACAAGGUUCUGGAAAGCUACACAUCUGGCUUACUCCAGGAGAACAGCUGUCCAGUGCAAUACAACUUGACCCCGAGCAAUAAAUUCAGUGCUGGGAUAUUCCAGGACAAAAGUGAAGAAGCUUCCCUUGACCUGGUGUUUGAGCUCUUGAACCAGCUGCAGUAUCACACCCACCAGGAGGACGGGAUUGAAAUCUGUGUGGAUUUUCUCCAGGGCACUUGUGUUUAUGGCAGUGAUUGUCCCAAGCAUCACACGGUGCUACCCUAUCACUGGCAGGUGAGGAGGACAGCAACCCAGAGGUGGCAAAGUGUGACCAACGAUUCCCAGGAGCACCUGGAGAGGCUUUACUGCAACCCUGACAACGACAAGAUCAAAGUCAAGUAUCGGGGCCAGGAGUGCUGGGUGGAUCUGAACCUUAUGAAGUUUUAUGAAAGCGCAGAGUUCGACCAAAUGCGGCGCCUGUCCACAGCCUCCUGCCCCAGCUCCAGCUCCAACUGCUACACGGUGUGGAAGUACUUCUGCAGGGACCACUUUGGCUGGAGAGAGUACUCCGAGCCCGUGGUGAGGCUGAUUGAGGAGGCGAGCUGCCGCGGGCUGCGCGAGGUGCGCUUCAUCACCUGGCACAACCAGUACAUCCUCAACAUCAAGGAUGGCUUCCAGCAGAACUCCUGCUUCCGCAGGGAGAUCAAGAGGAGGCCCCUGCUGCGCUCCUGCCUGCUGCUCAUGCCCUUCCUGCAGACCCUGGGUGGCAGCUCUGCCGUGCCCUCGCCGUGCUCCGACCCCGCCGCCGCUCACGACCUGUCCCCAGCUGCUGUCACCUGUCCCAGCUUCUACCCCGAGACCUGGAUUGGAAUGGAUCCAGCUCAGGACUUCAUCCAAGUGCCUGUUCUGAAGGAAGACAAAAGCUACAGAACCAUUUACAACCUGUUCCACAAGACUGUGCCAGAGACCAAAUACAGGAUUUUGAAAAUCCUGCGAGUGCAGAACCAGUUCCUUUGGGAGAAGUAUAAAAGGAAAAAGGAGUACAUGUCCAAGAAGAUGUCAGGGCUGGACAGGAUCAUGAACGAGCGGCACCUGUUCCACGGCACGUCCCAGGACGUGGUGGACGGGAUCUGCAAGCACAACUUCGACCCGCGCGUGUGCGGCAAGCACGCCACCAUGUUCGGCCAGGGCAGCUACUUUGCCAGGAAGGCCAGCUACUCCCACAACUUCUCCAAGCGCUCCCCCAAGGGCGUGCACUUCAUGUUCCUGGCCAAGGUGCUCACGGGCAGGUACACGGUGGGCAACCACACCAUGAGGAGGCCGCCGCCCGUGGAACCCGGCAGCAUCACCAGCGACCUGUACGACUCCUGCGUGGACAAUUACUUCGAGCCCCAGAUCUUUGUCAUCUUCAACGAUGACCAGAGCUACCCCUACUUCAUCAUCCAGUAUGAGGAGGUCAGCAGCACCGUGUCCAUCUGACGGCCUGUGCUGCUCCCUGCCACAAACCUCUCGGUUUCUGUGGGAGAGGUAAAAUCUGGACACUUCCUAACUGGUGGAAUGACUUGGAAGGAAGGUCACUGAGGUGACCAACUGUGCACUUGCCGGUUGAUUCCCUAUGUGGAAAUUGUACAUAUUUUUCCAUUGUUUAUAGUUGAAAAUCUGUGCCUUUUGUUAUAAAACACUGUUUAUUUAUGUUAGUAAAUAUUCAUGUUUCAGAA